GCAUGGCAGUAUACGUACCGUGUGGCGCUAGCGCUAUGCCAUUAAGUGAUAUAUCGUGCAUAAAAAUGGUGGCCAGCUGAAACUGAACACGGUACCGCAAAGUUGUCCGACCCCCUUCCGCUAGUUCUGCUUUCUGUCAUUUGAUGAUCCACUCUCCACACCAUUGGCAGACCUCCACUGAAUGCUGUAAAGCCUGGAAAUUAUAAUCAUGGCUGAGAUUGAUCCCGAUUUCGACGAGCCACAAUCCCGUCCACGUUCCUGUACUUGGCCGCUCCGGAGACCGGACUUUCUGAAGAAGCCGUCCCAGCAACAGCAGCCGUCGUCCGGGGAAGGCACGCCCGCUGCUGUAGCCGAGGAGAUCCAGGACACGGCGCUGCCCGUGCAACAGGUCGAAAGCCCUGACAUCAAGCAGGAUUUGGCAGCCGUCGCUACCAACAGAAAGAACUGUUCGAGGAGAAAUGCAUGGGGAAACUUGUCUUACGCAGACUUGAUCACCAAAGCAAUCCAGAGUGCUCCAGAACAGAGGCUGACUCUAUCACAAAUUUAUGACUGGAUGGUGAAGAAUGUUCCCUUCUUCAAAGACAAGGGCGAUAGCAACAGUUCAGCAGGAUGGAAAAAUUCCAUCAGACAUAAUCUGUCGUUGCACAGUCGCUUUGUGCGAGUGCAGAAUGAAGGCACUGGUAAAAGCUCCUGGUGGAUGAUCAACCCUGAUGCCAAGCCUGGCAAGUCCUCCCGCCGACGAGCUUCAAGUAUGGACACCAACAACCCUAAGUGGGAAAAGAAGCGUGGCCGAGCUAAGAAGAAGGUCAUGGAUGAUGCCGGGAGGUCCAAGUGGAGUACCAGCCCUACUCCUAAGUUUGAAGGUGAGCCUGAGACGCUGGCACUUACCCUGAGCUCAGAGUUCCGCUCCAGGGCUAGCUCUAAUGCCAGCAGCUGUGGUCGUCUGUCUCCCAUCAAUCAGAUCAGCGACAUGCAUGAUAAUGAAGUCCCGCCAAUGUCACCAGGGCCAUACGAUCUGGGCCACCACCAGACACAACCCUACGAAAGCCCUGAUCACUUGCAUACUGACCAACUGGCAUCCCUCGCCAAAGCCAUGAGUCUGAAUACCUCCUUGAAUGGAUCAGUCAGCUCAGAUCUUAACAGUCCAGUAGAGCAGCUUCGAGUCCCAACUCCUAUGAGACCCUCCCCGAAGCACACAAGCCGUGGGAACCUUUUCCAGAACAGCAGUAUGUACUCACCAGCACCUAGCUACAGUGGAUCUGAUGUAUCCCCUGUCCACAGUAAUGUACAAAGCCCAGCCUACAGCCCAUAUGCCCAAAAUUCAAUGAGUCCAAUUCCACAGCAGCGUUGUUCUCCAUCGAUGAGUGUCACUGACAUGUCGCAGCCAUUCAGUAUCAAUGUACCUCAGCCACAGCAGUCAGCCUUCUCUGUGAUGUCCCAUCAAGAUGGUAGCAUGACCACAAACGGCGCCAUCCUCUCCAAGCGUGAUCCCAUGCUAUCCCAUUCCACUCUUCAGCCAGGUACCCCUGGCAGUAUGAUGCAUCAGCGUCCGACCAAUCUGCAGCCCACAUGUCGCGUCCAAACCAACAUGUCACAAGGCCGGGCCCUACAAGGCUUCAGUCCACAGACUAGCCCCAGCAAUCCUCUGUCCAUGCUACAACUGAAUCCCGCCAUCACGGCCUCCCAGAAUAACCAAAUGUCUAGUCCCACCCACAAUGCCAUGAAUGUCCAAUACAGCCAGUCAUCGAUGAACCAACCUGUUCAAACCAUUCCUUUGAGUACAUCUAGUGACAGGGUUCCCAGUGACCUCCAAAAUCUGAACGUUGAUAUGAUUCGUGAAAUGGACUGUGACAUUGAUUCCAUAAUUCAUAACGAGCUGAUGGAUGAUGGCAACCUAGAUUUUAACUUUGACGGACUCAUCAACCAGACUGUGACAUCAACACCAAGUUGGGUGCAUUAAUAGGAAGCAGGUGAACCUGUAUCGUAUCAUACGAGACUGUUGAGUGAAUUCAGCUUAACAAAGCUUCAGGGAGUUGGUUUUGUCAGGACGACUCUUGUCCAAGAAGGUGCAUGUUGGAUUGUCUCCUCAAAUCUCAGAAGCCCCUUAUGGAGACCGAUUUGGUAAUGCCUAAGAAAAGUUCCGUGUCCUCCCAAAAGACCCUGCCAGAAAUCGUAAGUUGGUUUGUAAUGGAGUGGUUUUGUUGCCAGUUGCAAUUGUUUAAUGGCUGUGUAAGGUGAGUAAGCAUAGGAAAAAUGAAAAUAGAAGUAAAAGUUAAACAACUGACGUUUGUUUAUCUUCCGUUUGUUUUCAAUUCACAAACAAAGCAUUUGGUAUAUAUACAUGUAUGUUGCUCAUUAAGUAAACAUAUCCGAUACUGGUGUUAAAAUGACAAAAACUCGUCCAGAAAUAGAAUUGGGUGGUACUCUUUGAUAAUGAACACCAACCGGUGAAUUGAAAAGAAAAAAAAAUACAUGUAACCAGCAGAGUUUAAACAGCAUCAGAAGAAUUGAGGAAGUGUGGAUCAAGAAAUUGCCGCCGACGUAAUCAGGAAGGAAACAGCUUCCGUGAUUGUGGCUUUGGACAAAUGCCAAAGACUGGAGGUCGCUCUGGCACAUGUAACCUCAACAAAUUUGGAGUGAUAUUCAUACAGAUGUGAGUAGGACUGUAGAACCUGGUGCCUAGCUUGUUAUGUUGCUGGAAUGCUAACUGUGGAAUAUGGGCUCCAUACUACUUACAUUGUGUGGUACAGUUGUUACUUUGCACUGUGCCAAGUUGGAGUUCCAAUGGAAGACAAGAUUGCUCACUUAACAGGUGUAAGUUGUUGGUUUACAGACAAGCUGCUUAGCAUGUUGGAAAGAAAUGCUACAUUGGCUUCUCACUUGAGAACUUUAUCAGUAAGCUGAGAAAGGAGACCAGGAACAGCUCUGGUUAAGAUGUUAGAGAUGUUUUUUAUUUUUCUCUGAAGGAAACACAACCCUGAAUUGUUGUCAGAUUAUACAAAAUAAGGUAAAUGAAAGGAGGUUUGUAGAUACUUUUACUUUUUGUAUUGUAACAUAAAGAAGUAGAUGGUGUCAAUCUUGUUCACAUGUAGAACAGUGUUGGCCACUGUGUCUGCAUUAGAAGGCCCAAAAUACCGCAUCAUUUUUUGUACAUACUGCCCUGCCUCACACUUUAGAUUUUUUGUGACGUAGUCAUUUUUGUAUGCUGUAGUCAUGCUGUUUUCUAAUGCUCGGUAUUAUCUACAUACUUGUAGCGCUUCAGUGUUCCAUGCCUGUGGGCUUUUUAACCAAUCAACAGAGGGCGCCCUACCUUAGAUCACACAGUGACAUCAUCUACCAGUACAUUUAUCCAGAGUUUGACUGAUACACAUUGUUAAGAUGUUGAAUGUAAAUAAGGUUUUUUUUGGAUAGUCUGUAUAUGAUGAAAUGAUGGCUGGACCACAUACUAGUACAUGUACAUUCAGCUUAUGGCAGUCUCUUACUUUUUGGUGAAGCUGUUGGAUUUCAACAUAAAGCAUGAACGUUUUAGUUUAUUUUUUCAUUCAUGUAGAAGCGAAAGAUGACGCUGUACAAAUGCAAAUGCCCACUGUAUACCUAAGUGUACCCUGUAAUUUUCAAUUAAAGAUGAUAAUAUUUGUGUUCGAUGUGAAGGAUUUCAUGAGUAUUUUAAAACCGCUAUUGUGUGAGCCGUUGUCAGGUUGAUUUUUUUUAAAAGUUAUAUUUUUUACGUUUGUUGCUCACUAAAAUAUGCUGCGAAAUGGCUUAAUUUUGCACCAAAUUUAAUGUGAUUAACCAAGACAGAAUGUAACCAGUAUUGUGUAUGGAAAUUAGUGAAUAGUUAUGCCAUGUUAAGUUUCUUAAAUGCUUCUAAAUGUACAUGUAGGAUUAAUGUUUAUACUUGGUAUAGAACUUCUUUUAUGUGAACAUAAAACAAAAACAAAUGGACACCUCAUAAACUGACACAAUCUGGUUUCAGUCAUUCAAUUGUAACCGCUUUCAGAGAUGAUGUGCAUAUUACUGCCAUUGCAAAAUGAGUAUUUGAAUUGUUUACAGUAUUUUUUUCUGCAGACGGAUAAAUUAUAAAUAUUGAAUAUUUGUGCAGAAUGAACUGACUAUUGUCAUGAACCUUUACUUCAAAUAUUACUGAAUAGGGUAAGCUAUCACCCUUCAAUACAAACCCUUGAUUUUUUGUAUUCUUGAUUUGUGUUCAGCAUUGACACCUUUCAUGGAUCAACUAUUAGAUUUUGAAAUGUACCUGCCCCUCCCAGUUUUUCUUCCAAAUGUCUGCUACAAAUGUGGACAUACGCGUACAUGUGGGAGUCAUUCGACAGUUGUCGUAAUUUAGGUUCAUGUAUUUACAUUGUAUCAUCAAGAUAAUGACAUUCAAACCUGAUGUGUUUUAAAUGUUUCUUCACAUGUGUCAAAGAUCAACAUGACAGGAUUCAGGGUUGUACUGUAGCAAUCUUUGAUCCACUGUCAUAUCUUAAAACUACAUUGUACGUAUGGUCUGACCUGCUUGCUUAUUUUAAUUUAAUUGGAAUGGUUGCCAUAGCAAUGUUACGAGUGGUGAGUUGGUAUUUUCGGGUUACAUAACAAUGAGUUUUGUAAGUUCAAAAGUCUGAAAAAUAUUUCAUUUGAGGAGUAACACAACCAGAUAGAGAAAGUUUCAUGAAAUAAUUUGCGCCUAAACUGGAACAUUUGAUUUAAUCUUCCCAACGGAUUUUUCCCUGAAGGUAGAAGUUAAGAGAUGAGAGAAGUACAUGUAUUUUGAAUGAAUACAUACAGUUUUAUUUUUGAUGAAAUGCAACUUUCAUUGUGAUCAAACCAAGUGAUUUCUGAUUUGUACAUUUAUUUUCUGAAACUUAGUUUUUGUUUUAAUCUUUUUUUAUUUUAACCUGGUCCCAACAAGUGUGUGUCUUAAAAUAGAUUAUACAAGAUUCUGAAUUACUGGAUAUUAGUAAUACAAUAUUUAUCUGGUGUUUUCUAUGAAAUGGUGUCUAACAUAUUGAAUGUUGAGAGUGACCAAUGGUAAGCUUUACCUACACGUACAUGUAUUUUUAAUUAAUGCAACAUGUUGUUCUGUUUAAAACAUGUUCAUUUUGACCGCUUACAUGUACCGGUAGGUCGCAUAGAGCUGUUGGCCCUGUUCAUACAUGUAAGUCAUCUGUCCACUGUGGUUAUCUGUCCUUUCUUGCAACCUGUCCCUAUUGCCCUGGCCACUUGGUCUUAGCAUUGUAACAAUAAAAAUUGUGACUACAUGUAGAAAGAUGCCUUGGUUGCAAUUUAGGGUUUACAUAAAAAGCUCUGAAGCUACCAUAGAAGCUUAGGUGAGUAAUGUAUGUCCCCUAUGGCCAUUGUUAAGAUAUGUGGGGGGGGUCCUCCCUUUGUGACCUUACAUGACCUGUCAUGACCCCCAGAGAGGUCUACCAGCCUCCCUUAUCAUCACUUCAUUUCUUGAUUUAAAGUCUGGGCAUGGUGUUGUAGAGAGUUUGUCUGGCCUAGACUUUAUAGCUGCGACAAAUGUAGUCAGUUUAGAUGUCCUUUGGGUAAAUUCUGGAAUAAACCACUAUACAGGUUUUUCAAGGGAGAAUAAAUGUUUGUAGAAAUUCUUGUUUUGGGGCAUUUUCUACAUUUCCUGUUUUUUUCUCAAAUAAGAUUGGGAAGUUUCAUGUCCUUGUAUUAUAAAAUGUAGAUGAAGGUGUAAUAUACGCAUGCUCUGGUUCUAAACACCUGUCUGAAUGACCAAUCUUCUCAUGUCAUCUGAUUUCUUCUGUACAUUUAGGAAAUACCAAGGAAAGGGAGGUUUGCUUUUGCUUGAAGUAAGGGUUGCAACACUCUUGCUCUGAGGUGCAUGCUGGGUCCCUUGCCAAGUGUGUGAGUGGUAGUCAAGAUUUUUGCCAGCGUGGGUGUUCAUUGCAGCUCAAAAUUGCGACAUGCAAGAAUAUUUUCUGAUACUUCAGUAUCAAGUAUGAUCUUAGAUGGAGGUAUAUGAAUCUGAUGGGAAAGGUGCAUUGUUGUAAAUUUCCAGGAAUUAUCAUACAAUAGCAGAAUCAAGGUCUGAACCUUUACAAUUCUGCUGUCUUGAUAGUUGAUCACCCCUCUCACAGUAAUGGUAUAGCCCACCUUCCAUCUUUUUUUAGCACCAUCAUAGGGACAUGGUUAGCACUCAUUGACGUUAGGUUCCCACAUCCUGUCAGGUACCAAGGGAUUGAAUUUACUUUCAGUGCAUGUCUUACUUUUUCUCUGUGGAAAAAAUGGUUUUCCUGAUUUUUUUUUUCAUAAAAACCCCUUUUCCUCUGAUAUGUCAUUUCCCCUCAAAUACUUUUUACAUUCCUAUUUCAAAAUUAAAAUUUCAAAAUGACAGUUCAUUGUUCUAACUUCAGAGGUUCCUAGAAAUAGGAAAUUAGCUAUUAAGAUCUUCGACUUGAAAGAGACAGACUGUUCCUCAAGAGAUGAAUCCCAUCUAUGUACAAGGAUAUUACUGUGGCAAGUUAUGACUCAGGACUGUGCUCUGUUUUAAGUGCCAGUUGGAUACAGAAAGAAGUAUUAUUUUGUAAAUUUUAUGUUUGAACUUUGAAGUUCAAACAUUUCAGCAAAUCUCUUGACUGUUUGUCUUGAAUUAAAUGGCAUCCACUCAUUGUUGGUCAAAGGAACGUAUGUUUGUGUAUGCCUCAGAAGUACGGCCAACAAAUUUGUUAAUAGAUUUAUUGAAUUAACUUUCUACCAUUAAAAUUCUCCAAUAGCAAGAGAUACAUGUUUCCUGUUUUGGAUCUUACAGCAUUAUUCUCAGGAUUGUGAUUGAGAUCUCCUGGUUUUAGACACUAGCCAGCUGUCCUCCACAGACUGAUAUGAAGUAAUGAAAUCUGUGCAAGGCAGGAUGAUUUCUGAUGCAUUUAUAAUGACCAUAGGCUGUGUGACACUCAUUUUAUGCUCCAGGUACAGAGACUUUGCCUUCCAGACAUUUAUAGUCUAAUGCCAAACCCCUUAGAUUCUGAGAGCUUGACUCUUUGUAUGCAGUUGUACUGACUAUCAUGACUUGUAAUCUUAGUCUUAUAUUAAGCCACAGUUAGACCCACUGAUGCCUGACCGUUCCCCAGGAGUCUGCACUUAGAGUUUUUCUAGGAGCCCUGCUGCAAGAUUCAGGCAGAUUUUCCCAUGGAAAUUCACUCCUAGUGCAUAAGUAAUGGCUGUGGGGCCUAUCAAUUUAUCCUUAGACUUGCUUCCAGCCCUACAUUCUGUUCAACAGGAUAAUUCUUGGAUAAAUUACCCAUGCACUUGUGGUAUGCAGUAUUUGACACACAUUCUGUGAGAGGGAAAACCAAGCAUAUUCGGGAGAAAAAGUAAAAAUGCACAUGUUCCGGACAGGUGCACAUGUUCAUGGAACUGGUAUUAAAAGUGCGUCAGGGGUCACAAAUGCCUUCCACCAGUCACUCAUCUAAUAAUGGACUAUUAUUUCGUUAACAUCCCAAAUGAUGGAUCGGUAAUACAUUACUCCUAAUUACCAUUUAUGAAAGCAUUCAUUAGAACCACCCACCUGUGGACUUUGGGUUUCCAUUCCCGCACUAAUAUUAAAGAAGUGUAGAGCUUGAUUUAAUAUUCUUAGGAAAGUAAGAAUUAUAAUUGUGUAGAAUGUUGGAACAGCAGACGAAAGUCACAGGAUAACUUGCUUCAUCAGUCUGGAUAAAGGUGUCUUUUGCUAUGGUCAUUAUGAAAAAUCAGUUUAAUUAAAUCAAGGCAUGUGUUUUUAGAUGACAUCUGUUAAACGCUGGAAUUAUAACCUUACCAUAUUCUUGUAUUUCUUGCUACAGUUUUGUGCUGGUUUUUUUUCAUUCUAUUUCCUGUAAAGUGCAUUGUUCUGUCUCUCAGUGACAUUUGAAAUAUACUUAAAAAAUUGCUGCACAUGUUUUGCAGUCAUUUAAAUUCUGACCAUCAGAUAGCCACACUUCACAUUUUAUUUUAGUUUUGGAUGUAAAUUCCCAUUUUUAUUAGAAACAGGAACUGUUACAUUUCCUUAAAUCUCAAUGUUUCAUUUUUUUUACAUCAACUUUUCCUACACUGAUGUCUACUUAUUUUUGCACAAAGAAUGUUGCCUCUCUCCGUUCAGCUUAAGGAGCAAGCAGGAGUAAUUAGAAGGCAGUGUAGUAUUCCUUUGGGCAAUGAAAUUCAUUCAUUUCCAUUUUGAUUGCAUUCUUGUGGUAGCUUGCUGUCAAUUUGACCCUAGAAACCCCCCCCCUUUCCCCCAGGAAAUAUAGACUUGUCUUCUAAUCUGAAUUCUUGAAGCUACUGUCCACAAAUAUUGUAUUUUUUGUUCUUAUUAGUGAGGUGACUUUCAAUUUUGCUAGUAACUGGUCAGGUAGUUGCAUUUAUUUUCGUUUGAUCUUCUCUCCUGGAUCCCAAAGAUUAAGAUAUUCAUAAUAUUUUCCUUCAUAUCUUAGCCUCUGAAUUUAUUUAUCAAGCUGCUUGUGGGAACAAGUUCUUUGGUGCUUAUUUCUCAGAAUCUAUGCUUGAUAAUGUUUCCAAAGAUAUGCAGAGAAAAAAGCAUAUUCAUUUCAUUACAGAGGCAUGGUGUGUUAUAGACAAAGGAGAUUUGAAUAUUGAAACUGUUGCACAUCAAGUAACAAUUGACAACUAACCACUUUUCAUUAUGACAUCAACCAACCAACUUGUUCCGUGAUUUCUGUGGUUGUGUUGACUGUUGUUGAAAGUGUGUUUAGGUCUCCAAGUAACAGAUCAUUUCUAGUCACGCAAAACACAGUUAUCAUUGAAUCUGAUCUGUUAAUUGUUGUGUUAUCAAGCCAGGCACUUAUUAUGUUGUUUGGCUUAACUGCAUUUUCAGGUAUGGUUAAUACAAUCAUCAAUUUGUAAAGACAAAACAGACACAAGACUGCACCCACCCUCGCAGUUUCUGGAAGAAUUUUUCUGAGCUGCCCUGGAUAUCAUAUUAAUACAGAAACGUUAUCAUUAGUUGUGAGCAAAGGACAGACAUAAGCGCUGCAUGAAAAGCUGGAAGGCAAUGCAGUGAAAGAGAUGAGAUGAGAAGGUUGCCUGGAGCAAAGUGUGACCUUUCCUUCUGUCUUCUCCAAUGCAGCUUGGCACUCUGCUGGGCUGCUUAUGGCUAGCAGCAUAACAUGCAUAUUAGCAGUCUUGCCUAAUCACGGCCUCAGCUGAACUGUCUCUCUUCAUAUCCCACUGUCAGGUGUGAUUCUCACGUACCACCGGACAUUGUUAAAUGCUUAUCAUGACAUGAAAGCUAGUCAGAAUGAGUUGUGGGAUUUUUCAUGUGCUAUCAGUCAUUUCUAUUUUCCUGUAAAUUUAUUUCCUAUUUUCUUGAAGUUAACAGAUAACUUACUUGAGAACCUCUAUGAAUGCAAAUUUACAUCUUGAUAUAUUUUCUGUACUGGAACUUUGGUGUUAUGUUUUGCUGGGAAAAUGAAAAGAAAUCCUGUCAUGCUUGUGCGCAAUUGAAAUAGUUUCUAUGGGUGACACAUCAGAACUUGGUUACUCAGCAAAAUGCAAUCCUUUGACAUGCAAGUAUUUGUUACGGCAGGUGCCAUGUGUAACAUCACUUCUUUCCCCUCUGACUUUCAAAGAAUCAUGAGCUCAUCUUUUAAAGUUCGCAUCUGGAAACAUGUCAGCCCAUUACCUUGGUUUUCUGAAUAUUAUUUCAGGGAACAACAACCAGAAAUCCUGUUCCUCCAUUUGCCCUUGAAAUUCUGACGCCCGACUUUGAUCGGGAAAAGCCAAGAAAUGUGUUCACCUAAAGUACACAGUCAGGUGAAUGUACGACUUGAGGGUGGCAUUUUCCUUUUACUCGUAUUUAAACAAUGCUGUAGUGUGAGUUCCAGUCUAUAUACCUGUAGUUAACAUGACUACAAGGCAAAUUAUUUACAUACAUGUAUGGUGGGACAUAUUAAUAUGGACUUUUGGAUAAGGUAGUUGUAAGGCAGCAAAUAAUGUUCAGCAAGUUAGAGUGCAUCUUUGCUCGGAAAAGUAAGCCUAUUCAAGAGAAGUUUUUCAGGCUGGCUUAUGAUAGCGUAGGUUUUUCCUGGAAAUAAUGUUUGGUGUUUUCUCUACACCAAUUGAUAGCAAGUAUAUUUCCUUCCUCUUUCCUGUAUGUGAAUGAAAAUGAGCAUGAAUCAGAAAUAACUAAAGAAAUGGGAGUCUUGGGUUACUUCAACAAGCACGACUUGCACUCAGAAAUGAGUGAACCAGUUGCUUUUAAUGUGAGCUUUACAGAAAUGACCACAGCUGCUUUUAGCAUUCCAGAAAUGACCACAGUGAACAGGUUACCUUUAAUCAGAAAUGACCACAGUGGACAGGUUAGUGUUACAAGCAUUGCAGAAAUGACCACAGUGAACAGAUGACCACAGUGAACAGGUUGUUGUGAAGUUUUGCUGUUAGCUUUUUGAGUUGAAAAUGUCCGGAUUAUUCCUGAGCAUUUACAACUGUCAGUGUGGGGUGUACGUUGUCAUGCAGUUGAUUUCUGUGCAUAUAUGUAGUUGAAAUUCACCCCACAGCUGGUCUCAUGUUGGAAUUCAAAAUGCCACUCAAAAUGUCAUGAAUAUAAAUAUUAUUGCUGCCUGUCAUUACCCAGCUAUUCAGUUACAUGUACAUAGGUGAGCAUUUAAUGUGCAGGUAAAGAGGUUAGAGUUUCUUGCCCCCCCCCAUUACAAAUAUGAUUAUGUGGAUUUGAUUCUGUUUUAUUGUACUUAAUAACGAGGCAUGUCACAGUUUUAGGUUUAGGAAAAAGCACAAAAAUUAAAAGUGUAAAGAAUACAAGUAAAUAUUCCAAAUGUCAUUUUCUUUUGUAAAAUUAAUUUGUGUAUUUUUACCCUUGUGGUACAAAUUUGUUUUUAAAGAAAGUUUUGCCUUCUUAAAACUAGCAUAAUUACGGUAACUUUGACCUGGAAACCUGAGAAAGAACAUUCCAAAAUGUUUAAAGACUUUCUUAAUCUUGGUCCGUGAUAUAAAUGUACAUGUAGAAGCAGCAAGCUUUAUUGUAGUUCAGUUUUCCACCUGUAAGUAAAGCUGGAAGGGAAUAUCUUUUGCUUUUUUGGGGGGGGGUAGGACUCCUUCACGAGAACAAGGAUGGAUCCGGGGGACCAACAGGCUUCACUGCCCUUUCUCAAAAGGAGAUAAUUUUUUUUUAAUAAUGAGAGUAAAUCAAUUGUUUCUAGUUUGAUUUAUUUCAAAUUCCCAUCCAAGAGGGUGUAAAAGCCCCAAUAUGUAGUCUCAUCCCUGAGAAAGGCUAGAAAAGGUUAAAUGAACAAAUUUCAUUUUUUAGGUCUCACCCCCAAAAAUACAAUGCUUUUGGAUCCUCCCUUGCAUGAGAAUUGUUUGAACUAGUUUUGCUGCUAGAUCAACCAAAAAUGUGGGUUACAAGCAUUCUGACUGGUUAUCGACUAUCCAAUCAGAGCUAGUCUGAAUAUGCAGAGACAGUCGGAGCUGAGAUUUACAUGUACGUGAUGUAUGUAAACCCAUCUAUUAUCUUUUCUGUGUUCAUUAAUCAAAUGAAUUUAAGACAGCCCAAGUACUGUUGCUAGUUAUUGGCAUGUAUUCCACAUUUUUUGAUUUUCAUUGUGAUGGAUUCAAGCUGGAGUCCUAGUAUAUGAGAUCUGAGCAGCAGAUUAGACUUCUGAUUACAUUGUACCUACAUUUAUCGUGUAUAUUUAGACCUUUUAAAUACUCUAGCAUUUUUCGUGCGGUUUCUUAACAGUGCCAGACUGUUACUCUUAUGUGUCCUGAUAAUAAUUGUUAACGAGACUGUUAUUUCUGUUCAGCCUUUUCCAUUGUCUUGUAAGCUUAUGAAACAUUAAAAACAUGGCUGCAACUUGGUAAGGAUCUGCAAAGGAAUUGAUGUAAACAGCACAUUAAGUAUGAAUCAUGUGAAGUAUAAGCUUCACUCUAAGAAAUCUGUAUAUGUCAUCUUGUAUUUUGUUAAUUUCUCGGCUUGAGCUAUGGUUUCUUAGGAAUUUUGUGAAUACAGUAAGCAUGCUUUGUUGACAUUUUUUUAAAUUCGUAACUGAAAAAUGAAAAUGAACAGAAAGCUGUAUGACUGAUUUUACUCACUGCAUGUAAAUAAUUAUAAAAAAUGUGUACAAAUGACAUGAUUUACUUAUUUUUUUUGUCAAAAUCAGGACCAGGAACAUGUAAUUUAGACAUAAGAAAAAACUUAUUUUCAUUGGAUCGCAAAAACUGAGAUUGUCACCAUAGCUGAUCAGUGUACAGUGUAUUGUAACAAACAAGAUAGUUUAAUAAAUGUUUAGUAAAGAGGAAGAGUUUAUUAUUAGUCAGGUUAAAAUGUACGAAGAAUGAAUUCUAGUUUUUUUGAGAAACUGGUAUAUUUUCAACUGAAUAACAACACACAAUGUCUCUUUUGCUACUGAUGUAUUCGACAGAGAUCACAUGACCAUGUCACGAUUGAUCAGGUGAUAAUGCUGGAGUGCUUUGUAUUGUCUUGUCACUGCACGACUGUAGUGUUAUAUCUCAUCAUAGUGUACAUUAGAGAAUAUGCUCAAUUUGUGUAUGUUUACUUGUACCAUUGGAAAAAGUAAUCAAUAAAAAGUGUGUCAUUGA